CGAUAGGCCAUUGACAGAUGUUUGUGUUGGUCAACUACCUUAGCAGUUUCCUGGGCUAUUCAUAUGACGACUAUAUAAACUCGUAAACUUUCAUUCUCUUGAUUCUUUCUUGUUUCUAUUUUUCUUGUUGAAUCACGAUUUAUGCUCCAAAGUUUGACUCAUCUAGGAGAUUCUUAGUUCAAGUUGAAUCCUUCUAGGUCGCCACAUAAGACUCACCGAAACAAGAGUUCUAUUAUUAACCGCCUCCGUCAUUGCUUCGCAUCUUAUUAUAUAAGAAAUAGUCCUCCUCCAUACGAACACAACUCUAUUACUCUUAGUCAAGUACUCUCAGAGACAACCUCUUUACAUAUACUAUAUCACACAACCUACAGUCUUUACAACAAAUCAACAAACAACUCCAUCAUGACUGCUGACAGCACCAUCCCAUCACAGGCAGCCGCCGUUGCCUCACAGAACGGCCAUCCUCGAACCAAGAUUUGCGUCUACUGUGGUGCUGCUCCUGGCGCGAGUCCUGCUCACAUUGAAGCUGCUCGUGCUCUUGGAAGAGCCAUGGCUGAGAACAAUAUUGACCUAGUUUAUGGAGGAGGAACUGUCGGACUUAUGGGCGAGGUGGCAAAGAGCCUCUGCGCAAUCAAUGGCCCUGAGUCUGUUCAUGGUAUCAUUCCCGAGGCUCUGGUCAAGUUUGAACGAGAUGGCACCUACGGAACUGUCAACGAACAUAACCACAUUGUGCCCGAGGAGUCUGUCUAUGGUCGCACGACAGUUGUCAAGGAUAUGCAUACUCGAAAGAAGCUUAUGGCCGAGGAGGUUUUUGCUGGUGGUCCCGGCAGUGGUUUCAUCGGCUUGAGUGGCGGAUUUGGUACCAUGGAGGAAAUCUUUGAGACAACUACCUGGAACCAAUUGGGAAUCCACAACCGCGGCAUUGUUCUGCUCAACAUCGAGGGCUAUUGGGACGGUAUUGUCCAGUGGAUGGACCGCGCCUCUGAGGAGGGUUUUGUAAAGCCUGCCAACAAGAACAUCCUGGUCAACGCCGAUACUCCUGAAGGCGCAAUCAAGGCUCUUCGCGAAUACAAGGUUUCAGAUGCCAUCUAUCAGCUUCAAUGGGGCAGCCAGUAAGUGAUUAUUAGUCUGAGGCGCUGGAUCUGGAUCCGGGGUUGAAUUUGGAAAUCGGAACCAAAUAGGUGUUUUAACGGUUUUAACGGGUAUUUCUUAGUUUCCGCAUUUCUAGGAUAGGAUAGACUGGCGCUCCAUAAAUAGACGGACUGAUGACCCAAGCCACCU